GGGCCCAAACUACCUGAAACAUCAGUGGGAUCACGAUAACGCAAGCCGACCACCUCAGCACACGAACGCGCGCAGCCCAAAAACUUUCUCGCGACACCGACCUCACCUCGGACUCCACGUCGCCAUGGUGCCGAGGCUGGAGCGCGGCGGCGCCGGCGGGUUCCAGCUCCCGAACUCCGAGCAGGAGAACUCGCUCUUCCUCCGCGCGCUCAUCUCCGUCGUCUCCGGGGACACCGCGGCCCCCGCCUUGCAACCGGAGCUGUCGACGCCGCCCUUUGCUGCUCCGGCGCCUGCGGCUGCGGCUGCUGCGUGCGCCAGGUGCGGCGUGGACGGGUGCCCCGGCUGCGAGUUUGCCGCCGCGGCCGCGGCGACGACCGGGUCGAGCAGCGAGGGAGAGGAGUGCUCGGCCGCGAGCUUCGUGAAGAACGGCGGCGUGGGCAAGCGGCGGGCUGGCGGCGGCGGGAGCAAGUUCCGGGGCGUGCGGCAGCGGCCGUGGGGCAAGUGGGCCGCGGAGAUCCGCGACCCGCACCGCGCCGUGCGCAAGUGGCUCGGCACCUUCGACACCGCCGCCGAGGCCGCCCGCGCCUACGACGUCGCCGCGCUCGAGUUCCGCGGCCACCGCGCCAAGCUCAACUUCCCGGCCGGAGCCACGUCCGCGUCUGCUUCUGCUUCCUCCUGGGCGGCUGCGCAGCCCCGUCCCCAGCGGCAGCAAAGGCCAGAGAGCCCUCGCGAGAAGUGCGGGUCAAAUGCGUCGUCGCCGGUGCACGUCCCGCGGCUGCCGGAGCAGGGGAGGCCGGUGGCGCGGGAGCAGGAGAUCUGGGACGGGCUGCACGAGAUCAUGAUGAUGGACGACGGCAACUUCUGGUCCAACCCCAAGCCAUGAUCACCACCGCUCAUUACCUCGUUCUCCUCAUGUUCCAUUGCGACUACAUAAUAAAGCUUAGUACAAAAUGAGUUCAAUAAACGAUAUGCACAAUGUUCCAUGGGUUAUA